AUUAUCUCAAGUGCCCGAAGCGUAGGAUGAUGCACAGCACCUCGAAUUUAACGACGUUCAAUUGAUAUUUAGAGUACCGCUGUUUUGGAUUCCCUCCCGUGAAUACGUCCGUUCGUAAAUAUCAGUCGCGUGGACUAUGUUCAAGAGUGAGGUGCUUAUUAGUAUAACAUAUCUAGUUUGGCUUUCGUUGUUUUCUGAUGAACUGUAGCCUGUCAGAAAAGAGUUGCACAAUAAUGAAAGUCAUCCUCGUGGCUUUGGCUGCGGUAGCAUUUUGUAUACUUAUAUUAGGGGUGACAACGGAUAAUGAUGCGACGCCAGACCAUGAGCUCCGCUCCGAACACGCUCCAAAGCGUGUUAUAGUGGAUGUCGAUGUCGGUCCAGAUGACGCAUGGGCUUUGUUUUACCUUCUGAACUCUCCCGAUGUCCACGUGGAAGCCAUCAGCUGCGUUAGGGGAAACACCAAUGUGACAAAUGUAGGCCGAAAUGUGCUAAGGGUACUGGCAGCAUUGGGAAAGCACAAUGAGACGCCCGUUUAUUUGGGCUCAAAUGAACGCAUAAUCACCCCUGGACCAAUUAUUGAUCCAAAAGAUAUGUACUUCGGUUCGGAUGGUUUUUCAGAUAUAGUUUUCCUUGAUAUGCCAGAACCAAACAUGGAUUUGCUCAAAGGUUCAGCCAUUAUUGAACUAAACAAACUCAUUGAGCAGUAUCCAAACGAGAUCACCUUCAUCUGCUUGGGACCAUUAACGAAUCUGGCACUGCUUCUGAAAGUGUUCCCUGAAACGAGAAAAAGCAUCAAAGAAGUGUUCAUCAUGGGGGGAAAUCGGCACGGCGUUGGAAAUACGGAAAGUGCUGCCGAAUUCAACUUCUACAACGACCCAGAGGGGGCACACGUUGUCAUUAACGAUUAUCCGGGGAAUAUUACGAUCCUACCGUGGGAAUCAUCUUCCCAAGAAAAUUUGAUCUUUGACCAGACAUGGCGAUUUGAUGUGUUAGGAAACUCAAGCAAUCCUGUGGUUCAAAUGUUGAAUCUGGUGGAACGGAAACCUUUGGGUGAGAAUGAUAAGUGGAUGCCUUGCGAUGCGCUUGUACCGAUGGCCUUCACCGAUCCGGACAUAGUGACCGAGAGAAAACUGUAUCGUGGUAAUGUGGAGCUGUACGGUUGGUUGACAAGAGGUCAAUUAGUCUUGGAUCAUAUGAACGAGGGAGUCGGUAAUAUUACGAUCAUCGAUAACAUGAAUCGCACACAGAUCAUGGAGAAGCUUACUAAAUUGGCAUUCCAAAAGUAGCAUUAGGUCAUCGCAGGUUCCGGGUAUCGCGCCUUGUUACGAAAUAAAAUGAUGAGAUUUUCUAAUGUAUAUAAAAUCAAGUGAAUAUAAAAAUGGAGACAACUGUA